GAGAAGGAGGGGGGGCGAGCUGAGCUGGAGGUUUGUUCAGCCAUGUUAGUUUUCUGUGCUGUUCGCGAACGAUGAGAGAGAGGAGCCAUGGCCUUGUCAUUGAGCGGAGACGAUGAGGAAUAUGAUUCAGAGUCUGAACAGCAGCGGUCAGCCAACCGGCAACCAAAGCCUAAGAUGGCAGCAGCGGCGGCGGCGGCUGUUAAGCUGCCGUCCAACCGCAGCUCAUCUGGAGCCAGGCGGCGGAGAACACGAUGCAGAAAGUGUGAAGCAUGCCUUCGGACAGAGUGCGGAGAGUGUCACUUCUGCAAGGAUAUGAAAAAGUUUGGAGGUCCAGGGCGCAUGAAACAGUCCUGCAUAAUGAGGCAGUGCAUAGCACCGGUUUUGCCCCACACAGCAGUGUGUGUAGUGUGUAAAGAGGCGGGGAAAGAGGACACUUUGGAGGAAGAGGAGGACAAAUUCAACUUCAUGCUUAUGGAAUGCUCAAUCUGCAAUGAGAUUGUUCAUCCAAACUGUCUGAAGGUAAAUGAUGCAACAGGAGUGGUGAACGACGAGCUCCCAAACUGCUGGGAAUGUCCCAAAUGCAACCACGCUGGGAAAAGUGGAAAAGCAUUGAAGCAAAAAAGGGGUCCAGGAUUCAAGUACGCCUCCAACCUCCCCGGCUCUUUACUGAGGGAGCAGAAGCCUGUGAAGGAGGAGGGAGAUGUUUCUUCUUCAAACAAGAGGAGGCCUGAUAGAGAGGAAACGCCCAGAUACAGACCUGAUGAGGCUAUUCAUAGACAGCCACCACUACUCUCUCCCAGUACCCUGCCCCGGCCCAGACCUGAGGACAAACUGAGAAAGAAGAGGAAACUGUUUGAGGAUGAUGAAGAGGAUGUCAAUGUGAAGAAGAAGGAAAAGUCAGACGAUCCUUAUUUUUCUAAACUCCUGCACCAGAUUAAGACAGAAGAAGACGACGAAGACGAGGAAGAAGAAGAAGGAAGAGAGCCUCACUACCGGAGCGUGGAGAGGAAGGGACGUUUAGGAGACGCUGAAGAGGAAGCAGAGGACAAGGACUUCAAGAGUGAACUUCUGAAUCCUUUCAGUAAAACCCCUGUUGCAGACAGUGACCAGUCUCACUGCAGCUCUCCACAGGCUGGCCCCAGCAGCGAAGGUGGAAGCGAGACCCAGGAAAGAGGUCCACGUCCAAAAGCUCGCCGUAAGCGCCGAUUACCUAACAGGGAGCUGAGCCGGGAGCUGAGUAAAGCACUGAACCAGGAAAUCCAAAAGACAGAGGACUGUUUGGCAAAUGAAAACCGCCAGCCCCUCAAAGUAGAGCCAGAGACUGAAAACGAGGAACCCAAGAGAUUGUUUCGUAAUGGCAGCGAAAUGGGGGAUCAGAGGUCCCAUCUCAAGACCAAAGAGAUGAAUGGCACCCCCUGGGAGCUGCGCCACUUCUAUCCGAGUCAGAUCACCCCACUUGGCUUCAACAGGAGCACCCCAACCAAUAGGCCGGUGCCACCACGAUCUCCACCCAAGUGCAUCCAAAUGGAGAGGCAUGUUAUUCGGCCCCCACCAAUAAGCCCGCCACCCGACAGAUUACCUCUAAAAGAUGGGAAAACUCACACCAUCCAACGUGAGGUUUGGAUGAAGAUCUUUCGCUAUCUCUCACACCAGGAGCUGUGUAUCUGCAUGAGAGUGUGCAAGACAUGGAACAGAUGGUGCUGUGAUAAGAGGCUCUGGACUAAGAUUGAUCUGAACCGCUGUACUUCCAUCACUCCACUCAUGCUAAGUGGGAUUAUCCGCAGACAGCCAGUUUCACUGGAUCUCAGCUGGACCAACAUUUCCAAGAAACAACUAAGCUGGCUAAUAAACAGAUUACCAGGUCUGCGAGUGUUGAAGUUAUCAGGGUGUUCGUGGGCUGCUGUGUCCGCCCUCUGCACCUCCAGUUGCCCUCUGUUACGCACCCUGGAUGUCCAAUGGGUGGAGGGACUCAAGGAUGCACAAAUGAGGGACCUCCUCUCACCUCCCACAGACAACAGACCAGGCCAGCUGGAUAACCGCUGCAAGCUGCGAAAUGUGGAAGACCUGCGAUUAGCCGGGUUGGACAUCACUGACACAUCGCUCCGUCUCAUCAGUCGGCAGAUGCCUUUGUUGUCCAGGCUGGACUUGAGCUACUGCAACCACAUCAAUGACCAAUCUGUCAACCUCCUGACAGCAGCAGGGACUACAACCCGGGACUCCCUCACAGAAAUCAACCUGUCAGUUUGCAACCGUGUCACAGACCACUCGCUCAACUUUUUCAAGCGCUGCGGGAGCAUCUGUCAGAUCGACCUUCGCUUCUGCAAACAGGUGACCAAGACGGCGUGCGAAAGGUUUAUCGCAGAGAUGUCCGUGAGCGUCCCAUUCAGACUCAAAGAGGAAAAACUGCUACAGAAGACGAGCUAGGACAAAGUGAACUGAGGGACUGUCUUUGCACUUAAUGGAACAAUUUUUUUUUUCCCUUUGUAAACCAACCCUGUGAUAAGUCUCUGUAUCAAUAUCACAAUAAAUAGAACAGAGAUUUCAGGAUAAUGUGAUCAAAAAUCUGAAAUGGACUCUAAUGUAAAAAAGUGUUGAGGAAAUAGCAUGCAUGUAUUUGUGUUGAGAUUGUACUUUUAUAAAGAUGUGCUUGUAACUGACUGUUGGGUUGUUUAUUUUUAAUCUUUAAAUAUUUGAAAACAAUAUUUUUAUACAGGCAUCAUUUCAUGAGUUUACAGUGUUUCUCACAUCAGCUCAGGAGCUAAAUAUCACAGACUAUUCAGCAUGUGAAGUGAAUAUUGUUCCCGUUUUUCCUUUGCCUCAACACUACAGUGUCUCUCCUAUGUGCCAUAAUCUGUAUUCAACAUAAAUGUUAACUUCAGUAUCAGAUAAAAAAAAAUAUAACAUGUACAGGAAAAAUGUCAGACUAAAUUAUCAUAAUUCUUUUCUAAAUAGGUAGAAUGUAUUUCAACAAAGAUGACGCAGUAAACUAAAGUCAUAUGCCAUGUUACACCCUCAUUGUCAGAAAAACAAAACACAUUUAUGAACUGUUGCUGGACAGGGUUUCCUUCAACGUUAAUUUAUUGUUUUUUUUAUAUAUAUAUAUAUAUAUAACAGUUUGUAUUUAUUCUGUAACUUGAUAUAGAUGUCUUACUGAGCUGGGUUAAGUAAUGCUCGCAAAUAAUUUAUCAGGGUUGUUUGAGGCUAUUGCAGCACCCAGUUACUGGGGUUUAACACCCAACAGCCAGUAUGUGGGACUGACAACUUUCCUGACACUGACUUCACACAGCUGGCUCUCCAGUACAGGAUUAAAUAAGCAACUAAUGAAGACCUUUGCAAAUAAAUCAUUUGCAUAUGUUUGAACAUAAACUCUGUACAGUAGGUGUUGUGUACUUGGGGAUGUGCUGUGCUGUAACUGAUCUGCUAUCACCUCAGGUGAAUGUGACGUUUAUAUUUGUAAAUCCAAAACUAAGUGCUAAAAUGCAUUAAAAGACUUUCAUUUGUAUCAA